GACCACUUCGCUCCAUCACAUCCCAGAUUUAAUCGUCUCUCUUUCUACACCUGAUCUGUUUUUGCCUCUCUCCCCUUCUCAUCCCAGCAAAAAACCACCGCCACAGACCGCCUCAGUCUAGCAAUUGCCAUUGCCUGCUCCGUCUCUCUCUCUAACUGUGCUUCUCUCAUUCCUAUCCUCUUUUCUACCUUUUCUCCAGCCACCUACCGCCAAUAGUCGCCACCACAGAUCCAGUGAGCAGCGACGACAGUCAGGUCUCUCACUCCCCCUCUCUUUGCUCCUUUCCUUUUCUCUCUCUCUAUCCACUGCCGCUUCUGUCCACUGCCGCUUCUGUCCACUGCCUUUGCCCAGCGAAACACCAUCGGCAGCCCUCCUCCUCACCAGCGACCCUGAGGUCUUUUGUUGUCAACGAAACAUGGCACUAGUGGCAUUGAGAAGUCGAGGUAGGGUUUCUAAGCUUAUUUGUUCGAAUAUUUCGAAUUCUGUCCCUUAUUUAUAUCAAUUGCUCUUGAGAAGUCGUCUGGCAAUGCCUCUUCCGAUGAGAGUACACUCUUUUAGCUCCAUGGAUGGUGGUCCUAUUCCAUUACCAUCUGAGCGAAGAACCACUGAGCAGAUGAUGAAAGAUGGUGAUGGACGAUUAUAUGACAUUGGCCCCCCUCAGGUUCCUCCAGAGCCCAUACCUAAUCGGCCCUUGAGGGGCGAACGUCUUUCGCCUAGAAAGUUCCAACUUAGCGAUCACAAUGAGCAUGGCGGGGGAUACAAAUACGGAUGCGAGAAGUCUUUAACUGCCGCCAAUACCCCCCACCUGAAGAAUUCAAAGAACUAUAACAAUAGACCUUCUAGGAUAGUAGGAACAGGGCACAAAGCUGAUCGGCCUUCCGGUAGUAACCUUUUCCCAUCGGACGAAUUUAGUGAGGAAAAGAUGAAUGGUAAUAAAUCUUCUCUACCUAAAUCCUUUUUUGGCCAGAAGCAGCUGGGUGAUGAUGAUUUUCUUGAAAAAUUCAAGCUAAGAUUUGAUAAAGGGGAAAAUUUCCUUCCAAAUUCAGCGACCCCUCAAAUCCGUCGAGAAGCAGAGGAGGCAAAGCGGGACCACCAAGCAGCACUUGAGCCACCUUUACCACCACCACCACUACAGGAUGCAGAUGAGAUCUUUAAGAAGAUGAAAGAAACUGGUCUCAUUCCCAAUGCCGUGGCAAUGCUUGAUGGCCUCUGCAAGGAUGGGCUGGUCCAAGAAGCCAUGAAACUUUUUGGUUUGAUGCGUGAGAAGGGUACUAUCCCUGAAGUUGUGAUAUACACGGCUGUGGUGGAAGGCUUCAGCAAGGCCCAGAAACUUGACGAUGCCAAGAGGAUUUUCAAGAAAAUGCAAAACAAUGGAAUCAAUCCUAAUGCAUUCAGUUACACAGUCUUGAUCCAGGGGCUCUAUAAAGGUAAUCGGUUGGAGGAGGCCCUUGACUUUUGUGUGGAGAUGCUGGAGGCCAAUCACUCUCCGAACUUGGCUACUUUCACGGGUUUGGUUGAUGGUUUUUGCAGGGAGAAAGGUGUUGAAGAAGCCCGGAACACAAUCACAGCAUUGAGGCAGAAAGGUUUCUUUUUUGAUCAGAAAAAUGUUACAGAGUUUUUGGACAAGAAAGGACCGUUCUCGCCAUUGGUUUGGGAGGCAAUCUUGGGAAAGAAAAGCUCACAGAGAACUUUGUGAAUGAGUCUUAGUUUUGUAAGGUCUUAUUCCUAUCUCUAAUUUGUUUUCUUGGCCUUCUUUACAACAUUCCUGUUUUGUAAAAUUUGGAAGAGACAGAUGAACAUUCAGCUUUGUUUCUUUAUUUUUUUUUGGAAUGCAACUUUGUCUCUCUAUUGAGUAUGAUUAUUUUCGUUGCAAGAGUGAUACAGACAUUUCAAAGGGCA